AUGAAUUCCACAACUCGCAAAGAAACCUCUCCUAAGGAACGGUUUGUGUUUGAAUGCGACCAUUUGCUUCAAUUCUGCCAAAGAUUCAACAGUACUGCAGUUGAAGAUCAAACUGAGUCACUUUUAGAAGUCAAACUGAAGGACAUAGAUUCGAGAUGGACAAAAGUAGAAGCCUCUUAUGAAAAUGUAAUGUUGGCUCAAGAAGAUUUGGUACCACCAGAAUUUAAAGAACAGGCUAAAACUAACUUCGAUGCAUGCGUAGAUGCAUACUAUACGUGCAUCUCUCAAAUGCUAGACUUACAAAAAGCAUUUCGAAUAGACGCAGCAUCACACAUUCAAGGCAUCGAAGCAGUCACACGAUAUUCACUUCCCCCUCAAAAUCUCGUUUCAGAAAACCCUAAUAACUGCAUUAAACUUCCCCCUUGCGAUACAGAAGUUUUCAAAGGUAGUUACGAGCAAUGGCCCUCAUUUCGUGACAUGUUCACGGCCGUGUACAUUAAUCACAGUAAGCUCUCUCCUGUCACAAAACUGUAUCACUUGCGAAAUAAAACUAAAGGGGAAGCAGGAGAUAUUGUAAAACGCUAUCCCCUAUCACAUGAAAACUUUGAACUUGCGUGGAAUGCACUAAAAACUCGAUACGAAAACAAACGUGUUUUGGUUGAUAACCAAAUUAAAAUACUAUUUAAUAUUCCACCCGUAACCAGGGAAGAUAGUAACUCGAUAAGAAGGAUUCAGUCGUCAGUUAAUGAUUCUUUAGCAACUCUCAGGACUCUUGGAAUAGAAGUAGAUAGUUGGGACCCUAUCCUAAUUCGAUUAAUUUCUACAAAGCUUCCAGAUUUCACUCUUUCCCUUUGGGAACAAUCUUUAUCCUCUCCUCGAGAACUUCCAAAGUGGUCGCAAAUGUCCCAAUUUCUCGUCGAUAGAUAUGAGGCUGUAGAACGCUUAACAAGUAUAAGAACUUCAAAAGAUAGUUUUAAUAUUACAGAAAAUCCCCAACAAAAUAUACAAACAUACACAUCGCAAGAAAAUCUCAACAUACCCUUCUGCAAACUCUGCAGUGAAAAUCACUCUUUGAGAAUAUGUCCUAAAUUUCGAACUUUCGCGGUGCAACAAAGGGUAGAUUAUGUAUUCAAAAAUAAAUUUUGCAAUACUCAAACUCAUCUCAAGGCAAAGUGCAAAAGUAAGAACACUUGCUUAAUGUGCAAAAAAUCCCACCACACUUUGCUGCACAUGAAACAGAAAUUCCAAAAUGACUCUCAAAGAACUGAAAAUUCCCAACCUCACGAAGCGUCAAUCGAAAAUGUUAGUUUCUCACGUCAAUCUGCCUCAAAUAAAAUCAACUCGGAACAGAAUAAAGCUCAAAAUGAACUUCCGACAGUCUCGACUCAGGUUCAAGCUAAUUUUUCCACUAGCAAUGAGAAUAUUCUCUUACGCACUGCUUUAGUACAAAUAGAAUAUCAAGGCCAACUGUAUACUGUGAGAGCGUUAAUUGAUCCAGGUUCACAACGAACAUUUUUAACGGAAAAGAUUCGAAAUCGCCUACAGCUUCCUUAUAACAAAUCUCACUUUGAAAUCAUUGGUAUUGGUGGCCAGAAACAAUCCGCAAGCAAAGAGUGUGAAUUUGUAUUAUAUGCCAAGAGAUAUAAUUUAAGAGUUCCCAUUAAAGCCAUAAUAUUACCCAAAGUCACCAAAUGGCUCCCUUCACAUUCCUUUGAGAUCGCAAACUCAAAAGAGCUUGCAGAAUUAGAUCUCGCAGAUCCAACUUUUAAUAAAACAUCACAAGUGGAUCUUAUUCUAGGCAAUGACUACGAGCAUUUUCUUAACAUUGAAGGAAUUAAAAAGAACAUUUGUGGUCAAGCAUCCGCAUACAACACCGUAUUUGGAUGGGUACUUAGUGGUCCAAUGAAAACAAAGACUAUUCAAUCUUUUACUACUUCAGUUCUCAUGCGUGAAUCUUCAGAACUCAAUGAAAUAUUGAAAAAAUUUUGGGAGCAGGAAGAAAUUCCUACCACUCGACCAGUCUCAGUAGAACAUGACUUCUGCGAAAAGUAUUAUGUCCAAACAACCACUCGAAAUGAAGAAGGUAGAUACAUCGUAAGAUUACCUUUCAGAAAAGAGUUCCCCGAAAAAGUCUUCUUAGGUUCGUCCCGCUUUGUCGCCUUAGCUCAGUUUUCCUAUCAAGAGACUCUGAACUUCAAUCACAAUACAAAGCAGUUCUUAAUGAAUACAUAA